CCCGUACCAUGGUAACCGGACCGGAAGUGAAAUGAUUAAGGUGCGACGCGGCCGGCCACAGGCCCAAAGUGGGUGGGCUGUCGCAGGCGGUGGCGGCCCCAGUCCGCGAGAAGUGGAGCAGAGCGCCUCCCGACCUCGGAGAAGAGCCGCGCCCGCCAUUGCCGCAGCCACGAUGCCGAAGCGAAAGAAGCAGAAUCCGCAGCAGCCGCCGCCACAACAGGUCCCGCUGUCCGAGCGGGACGAGCCGGAGGAGGAGGAGGAGGAGAGUCCCAGCGGACCUCCCAGCCUUCUGGGCCCUCCCCCUAUGGCCAAUGGAAAGCCUGGUGACCCCAAGUCAGCUCUUCACAGAGGUCCUUCAGGAUCAAGGACACCAGUGAUUCCACCACUGCUGAGUCUCCCACCUCCUCCCCGGGGUAGAGGCCCAAUUCGGGGAGGCCUUGGCCCAAGGUCCAGUCCAUAUGGUCGUGGUUGGUGGGGGGUCAAUGCUGAACCUCCUUUUCCUGGGCCAGGCCAUGGGGGUCCCUCUAGGGAAAGCUUUCACAAAGAGCAGAGAAACCCAAGAAGGCUCAAAAGCUGGUCUCUUAUCAAGAACACCUGCCCGCCGAAGGCUAGCACCCAGGUGAUGGAAGACAAAUCUGACCGCCCUGUCUGCCGACACUUUUCCAAGAAGGGCCACUGUCGAUAUGAAGACCUCUGUGCCUUCUACCACCCAGGCGUUAAUGGACCUCCUCUGUGAGACUGUGCCUUCCCACCCAGGCUGGAAGGAGUUCUCGACCUAGCGGCCAUCACUCCUGUGGUCCCCCUACGGCCACUACGAGGCUCUUCCGCCACCCUCAGUCAGUGACACGUCCAUCCCAUCCUCCACCCCCGUUCGGGGUUCAGAGUUGUGAUUCGUCACUGGUGUGAGGUGCACCGCCAUCUUCUGAUCCAGGCUCAGAGACCUUUGGGACCCCAUCUUGCUCCCUUCAUCUGCCUCCUGGAUCUUCCCCUCCACCAAAUGACUGCUGAACAGGAACCUUUGGUGCUGUUUCUUGUGCAUCUGUCCACCUGUCCCCCGGUAUUGCCCUCGAUUCCCGAGAGCCCUGGAGCAGUCCCCUACCCUCCAGCUGCUUGUUUUAAGUCCUUUUUUAUGUGAAGCCCAUGUUUUCAGCUGCCUAGGAAACGCACCAGGUUUUCUGGCUUGGGGUCCAGUUUGGGUGGCUGGUGUAGAGCUGCUCCCUGAACGGCCCCCUGCUUCUGGACGUCGUAGUUUCUGUCCGUAGCAUUAUCCCCGCUAAGGCCUGUGGUCGCUGUGCUUUGUGAAACUGUGCAUCUCCUUGUAGCACUCCUCAGUGUCCGUGGCAUUUUUGUGACUCCCCAACACCAAGAGUACAUUUUUCUGCCAAAUCGAGUGAGGCUCUUGGUGCCCUCUAGAUGUCGCCUACCUCCCAACAUGGGAGAAUGGUGAAACUUCCUCAGACUGCCUCCUGUCCUCCCCUGGUGUCGGUCAUUCUGGGUCUGACACAGGCCAGCAAUGUCUUGUGAAGCCUCAGGCGGGCCUCCCUUCUGAGCUCCCACUGGCCACCUUAGUUAGGCCCUGUCAUGUGCGGCUGCCAGCCCUUUCCCUUGAGUUCGUGACUCUCCACUCGGCCGUCGUGGGUAGGACCUGGGCAGUGCUGCUGCCCUCUCCAAACCUCCUCCCUCACAUUCCUGGCACUGGUUGUUUUCUGUGAAAACGGCAGUAAACAGGUUGGGUUUUGAGUUGGCCCCAAGGAAGUGGGUCAGGAGUUGUGUGGGUUAGAGGAGUGAGAGCCGUUGGAGAACUGAGAAUGAAUUUUUUUCUUUUUAAUGUUUUCUUAUAUUAGUAAUAAACAGUGGAAACCAGCAUUUUCUCUCA